AUGGAAUCCUAUUAUACUUUGGUUUUAAUAGCAGGAAUUCUAGUUGCUUUUGUAUUAUUGGUUUUAAUUGCAACUGAUCAUAACUCCUUCAAGGCAGAGAUUCCUCCUGAUACUGACCAUCCAUCAAAGCUCCGUUUUUAUCACUAUGUGUGCACUCUGGUGGAAAAUCUGGCAAAGCACUUGGAAGGCUUGGGAGCUGUGGAGAAGCACACAGUGAUCAGGCUGCUCACGGAUGGGCUGUGGACAUGGCCAGAUCCACAGCUCCUCACAAGGGACCUGCAGUUUGAGAAGGUUCCUGUGAGGAUUUACCUCCCAAGAGAACCAUCUGCAAGCAAACGGAGAGGAGUAAUCUACUUCCAUGGAGGAUGUGGGAUUUUUGGAAGCAUCAGAACUUGCGAAAGAAUGUGCCGGUACAUAGCCAGAAAAUCUGAUUCAGUGGUUGUGUCUGUUGGGUACCAUUUAGCACCUGAGCAUGAGUAUCCAUCCCAAAAUCUGGAAUGUCUCGCUGCUACCAUGCACUUCUUGAAGACUGCAGAGGCCUACGGGGUGGAUCCUGCUCGGGUUAUUGUUUGUGGGGACAGUGCUGGGGGGACUUAUGCUACCAGAGUUUGCCAGGAACUGGUGAAUAGGACAGAUCUCCCCAAGAUCCGUGCCCAGGUGUUGAUCUAUCCAUUCCUCCAAGCUCUGAACUUCAAUCUGCCAUCUUACCAGAAAAAUGCUGCCAUGGCCUUCCUGUCCCGGGAACGUACAGUCCAUUUCAUUCUGAAGUACCUGAACAAGGAUUGUGCCAUGAAGGAAGCGAUUUUGGCAGGUUCUCAUGUUCCUGAGAACAUGAAUUUGAAAUGCAGGAAAUGGAUAAAUCCAGAUCUUCUCCCAGAGGUAUUUCAAGCAGGCUACAAACCACCACUGCCUGCUUUGUUUUCACCUCAAGUCCAUGAAGAAGUCAAAGAGCUGUUUGAUACGAGGUUUUCCCCUCUGCUAGCAGAGGAUUCUGUGGUUUGCUGCCUGCCUGACACCUGUCUCAUCACCUGUGAGCACGAUGUGCUCAGGGAUGAUGGUUUGUUGUACAAGAAACGCUUGGAGGACAACAAUGUAAGGGUGACCUGGUACCACAUGGAGAAAGGUUUCCACUGUGCACUGGGAUUUUUUGGCUAUGGUGUUUUCUCUUUCCCAUCAUCAAGCACAAUAGUGAACCAUGCUGUAGACUUUAUAAAAGGCUGUUAA